UGGGAGGCAGCGUGGGGCACUACGCCUGUUUGAUUGACUUACCGUUUCCGCGUCACAGGCCCGCCUGUCAUGCCAAAAGUACACCAAGCAUUGCAGCAGUGUCCGUCAUAGGUAUCCCGCGCUGCCGGCCUGCCCCCAUUUGGUCUCGUCGUUGUUACCUUGUCAAUAUACCACCCGGUCCCAAACCUGACCUAACCCAUUCUCAGCAUCCGCGGUACGCUCGAUUGACAUCUUCGAAAUCAUCAAGCCCCUGCUGAACCCCCAAGGAAGUCUGACUUGCUGGCCCGUCCGACCACGCAGAAUUCGCCCUUUCCCGUCCGCUCCUCUUAUUCACCAAGAAAGAGAUCCCAACGACGCAAGGUGAACUUUGAGCAGGCUUGACGACAAUGGCUGCCGAAUCCAACUACGACUACCUAUUCAAGGUCGUCCUUAUCGGAGACUCUGGCACGGGAAAGUCCAACCUACUGUCGCGAUUCACGCGCAACGAGUUCAGCCUGGAGAGCAAGAGCACCAUCGGCGUCGAGUUUGCGACGAGAAGCAUCGCUGUCGAUGGCAAGACUGUCAAGGCGCAGAUCUGGGACACAGCCGGCCAAGAGCGCUACCGCGCCAUCACAUCCGCAUACUACCGAGGGGCCGUCGGCGCUCUGCUCGUCUAUGACAUUGCCAAGCAUCCAACAUACGUCAACGUCUCACGGUGGCUAAAGGAACUCCGGGACCAUGCGGACAGCAACAUUGUUAUCAUGCUUGUCGGGAACAAGAGCGAUUUGCGCCAUUUGAGGGCAGUGCCGACAGACGAGGCAAAGGCAUUUGCUGCGGAGAACAACCUUUCUUUCAUCGAGACUUCGGCGCUAGACGCAUCGAACGUUGAGCAGGCGUUCCAGAACAUCCUCACAGAAAUCUACCGCAUCGUCUCAAACAAGGCGCUGCAGUCGUCAGACGACGUGAUCCGGCCUUCGGGAGGCGAGACGAUCACUGUGCAGCCGAGCGCGAACGACGGCGGCGCAGAGAAGAAGGGCGGCUGUUGCUAAUCCGUUUGUUCGUUCACGAUACUGCUGAACCUACUGCUAGCGGCCUAGUCGCAUCAAACCAAUAUCGGGAAUUCACUGGAAGCAGGAGGCGCUUCAACCCGAAUCUUCUUUGCGACCACAGCAGGAAGCACUUGACUUCAGGCUGGGCACUCGUUGGACCCGACGAUGGCAUGUGGUAUCUCAUUCCCGGCUUUCAGCAGCACAUCUCUCUAAAGAAGACAUGUAAUCGGCUCGCGUCCGGCACCAUUCCGUUAUCUGCACUGUACUACGUAUUCCGUAUGCUGUACAUGGUUUCCCUUGCAAAUCUGGAGAAUUCUCUCUCCCUGGCAAACGUUGAAAUAAGUUGCAUGAAAGGAACAUGU